AUGGAUUCCAACAUGCCUAUUGCCAUUGUUGGCAUGAGCUGCCGAUUCGCUGGCGAUGUCGACAGCCCGUCUAAGCUCUGGGAUCUUUUGGCUCAAGGAAAGAGUGCCUGGUCGGAGAUUCCCAAGGAUCGAUUCAAUAUCGAUGGAUUUCAUCACCCCAACUUUGAGAAGCUCAAUGGCACAAACGUAAUAGGAGGCCACUUUAUGAAGGAGGAUAUUGGCCUGUUUGAUGCGCACUUCUUCAACCUUUCUGCCGAGACUGCUGCUGCGUUGGAUCCCCAGUUCCGUCUGCAGCUCGAGUCAACAUAUGAGGCCCUUGAGAGCGCUGGUAUCACUCUUCAGGAUGUGGCUGGCUCCAACACCUCCGUCUACGCCGGCUCCUUCUUCCGGGACUACCACGAGAGUUUGAUCCGUGACCCCGACACACUUCCCCGCUUCCUCCUCAUGGGCACCGGCGCCGCCAUGGCCUCCAACCGUCUCUCCCACUUCUUCGACCUCCGCGGUCCCAGCAUGUCCGUCGACACCGGCUGCUCCACCACCCUCACAGCGCUUCACCAAGCCUGCCAGAGCUUGCGUUCGGGCGAAUCCACCAUGUCCAUCGUGGGCGGCGCCAACAUCAUGUUCAACCCCGACAUGUUCCUCGCCAUGUCCUCCAUGACGCUCAUUUCCAAGGACGGUCGGUCCUGGGCCUUCGACAGCCGCGCCAACGGCUACGGUCGCGGCGAAGGUUCCGCGACGGUCAUUCUCAAGCCCCUUGACGCCGCUCUGCGCGACGGCGACCCCAUCCGCGCUAUCAUCCGCGACAGCGGUAUCAACCAGGACGGCAAGACCGAGACCAUCACCACGCCCAGCGGCGAGGCGCAGGAGGCCUUGAUCCGCGCCUGCUACGAGCGCGCAGGCCUCGAUCCGGGACAGACGACGUACUUCGAGGCGCACGGAACGGGUACUCCGACGGGCGAUCCGAUCGAGGUGGGCGCCAUCGCUUCGGUGUUCAAGGACUCGCGCAAGGGCGAUGGCGAGGACGCGCUGCUGCGCAUUGGCUCCGUCAAGACCAACAUCGGUCAUACCGAGACUGCUUCGGGUGUGGCGGCCAUCAUCAAGGUCGCGUUGGCGCUGGAGAGGGGCCAGAUCCCGCCGAGCGUCAACUUUGAGAAGCCGAAUGCGAAGUUGAGCUUGGACGAGUGGAAGCUGAAGGUCCCCACCGAGCUGGAGGAGUGGGUUGGCAAAGACGGCAUCAGGCGCGCGAGCAUUAACAAUUUCGGCUAUGGCGGGUCGAAUGCGCACGUGAUUAUGGAGGAUUAUAGCAGCUACAUCGCUACGACUCAGCGGACAAGGGGGCUCUGGAAUGGCGCUGAGGGCCGCGCUAACGGGCGCACUAACGGCCACCACCACGCUGAUAGCGGAAUCGCCAUCGACGACCUUGACAACGUCAACGUCAACGACCACUCCAAAGUCUUCCUCCUCUCCGCCAAAGACGAGAAGGCCACCGAGCGCAUGAUCGCCAACCUCAAGACUUACCUCCAGGAUCAGAAGUCCAAGAAAUCCACCGACGAAAAUGUCCUCCUCUCCAACCUCGCCCACACCCUCUGCGCCCGCCGCACCCUCUUCCCCUGGACCGCCACCUUCUCCGGCGCCUCCAUCGACUCCCUCAUCCGCACCCUCGACUCGGGCCGCAUCAAGCCCGCCAAAGCCUCUCCCACCGCCCCGCGCAUCGGCUUCGUCUUCACCGGCCAAGGCGCCCAAUGGUGGGCCAUGGGCAAGGAGCUCAUCGACGCCUACCCCGUCUUCAAGGCCGCUUUGCUAGACUGCGACGUCGAGAUCAAGAAACUCGGCGCCACUUGGAACAUGGUCGAGGAGCUGAACCGCGAUGCCGAGACUAGCAAGGUCAAUCAGCUCGAUUAUAGCACCCCCGUGUGUGUCGCUGUGCAGAUUGCCCUGGUGGAACUGUUGAAGGCGUGGGGCAUCAAGCCCACGGCUGUGACUUCCCACUCGUCCGGUGAAAUCGCGGCUGCUUAUGCCGCUGGCGCGCUGGACCUGCCGAGCGCGAUGGCGAUUGCGUUUGCUCGAGGCGGUUUGGCUAGCGAGGGCAACCGGCAGUUUGCGAGGAAGGGAGGCAUGAUGGCUGUUGGCUUGGGCAGGGAGGAGGGCGAGAAGUACCUUCCCAUGGUUACCCAGGGCCAGGUUGUCGUUGCUUGCGAGAACUCCCCGACGAGCAUUACCUUGUCUGGUGAUGUCGAGGGCUUGGUCGAGCUCGAGCAGGUCAUGAAGGAGGAGAAUAUCUUUGCCAGACGGCUCAAGGUCGAUGCAGCCUGGCAUUCGCAUCACAUGGAGGCUGUCGCUGAUGCGUAUUAUGCGAGCAUGGAUAAGAAGGUUAAGCCGGCCAAGAGCAAGUUGGAUAUGAUCUUCUCCUCCCCUUGCACGGGCAAGCGGAUGGAUAAGGUCAGCGAGAUUGGCAGCCCGGGACACUGGGUGCGCUCGUUGACGGGUUGUGUCCGCUUCGUGGAUGCGUUCCGCAGCAUGGUCUUUGCUGAGGAGGGUGGCGAGCCGACGGUUGAUAUGGUUAUCGAGGUCGGUCCGCACGCGGCGCUGUCGGGUCCUAUUCAGGAUAUCCUGGCUAUGCCCGAGUUUAAGGGGGUUAAUAUCCUUUAUGGCAGCUGCUUGAUUCGCAAGAAGAGCGCGGUUGAUACCAUGCAGGAUUUGGUCGGUGACCUUGUUCGCAAGGGAUACCCCGUUAAUCUCAAGGCUGUCAACUUCCCCUUUGGCACUGAGGGUGUCAAGGUGUUGACUGACUUGCCUGCUUACCCCUGGAAUCACUCGACCAAGCAUUGGAUUGAGCCGCGCUUCAACAGGGCUCUUAGACAGCGCUCUGAGGCUCCUCAUGAUUUGCUUGGUUCGCUCGUCCUGGGUUGCGAUCCUAGUGCUCCUACCUGGCGCCACAUUGUCCGUCUCAGUGACCUUCCCUGGGUCAGAGACCAUUGUGUGCAGGGGAACAUGAUCUAUCCCGCUGCUGGAUACAUUGCCAUGGCUGUCGAGGGCAUGCAGCGGUUUGCUUCUCGUCAGUCUGGAGACAAGAAGAUUGCUGGCUAUCAGCUUCGUGAUAUUGACAUUCUCAACGCUCUUGUCGUUCCUGAGACCAGCGAGGGUAUUGAGAUGCAGCUUUCUCUUCGCCCCGGCAGCGAAAGGGAUCUUUCCACCAAGGGAUGGACCGAGUUCACUGUUCAGUCCGUUAACUUGGACAACAAGUGGACUGAUCACUGCAAGGGUUUGAUCUCCGUUCAGUUCGGCGCUGCUCCCAAGCACGCUGUCAACCAGCCUACCCAGGACUCUCACUACCGCAUCCGCAUCAACCCCAAUGACAUCUGGUCCGGCAUGCGCUCGGGUGGUAUCAACCAUGGUCCCAUCUUCCGCAACAUGAAGAGCAUUCGUACCCGCAGCAAGCAGUCCAUCACCACCUUCACCGUGGCCGACACCAAGUCUGUCAUGCCCAAGCAGCACGAGAUGGCUCAUGUCAUCCACCCCACGACCUUGGACUCGGUCUUCCAGGCCGCUUACACCGCUGCUCCCGGAGCCGGUGGCAAGAACCAGACCCCCAAGGUUCCUCGUUUCAUCUCCAAGCUCUGGAUCUCCCACGACAUCAGCAAGCAAGCCGGCCACGACUUCAAGGCCUACGCCAAUCUCGACCACGCCGAUGACCAGUCCACCAAGACCGCUCUCCGCGUCGUUGAUGAUGCCGUCGAGGCUCCUGUUCCUGUCAUCUCCAUCGACGGCUUCGUCUGCCAAUCGAUCGGUAACGCGCCCACCGCCUCCGACGAGCCUUGGGAAGCUGACAAGUUCACCACCACCCACUGGGCGCCCGACGUGACCUUCCUUAAGGACGUCUUCCUCAAGAAGCAACUCGGCAGCCAGAUCACCCCCGAGGAGGCCGAGAUCCUCAUGAACCUCCGCAAGGCCUGCAUGUACUACAUCUACGACGCCCUCCGCGACCUCACCCCCGAGGACAUGAAGAAGCUGGAGUGGUACCACAAGAAGUUCUACAUCUGGAUGCGUCUGCAGGCCGACUUGGCUCGCGCCAACGAGCUGGGACCCGAUAGCAACAAGUGGGCGAACGCCACGCUGAACGAGAAGGCUACGCUGCUGGAGAAGGUCAAGAUGAGCAGCACCAACGGCGAGAUGGUCUACCGCCUUGGUCCGCAGAUCGUACCAAUCCUCCGCGGAGAGAUCACCGCUUUGGAAGUCAUGCUCGAGCAGAACUUGCUGUCGCGGUAUUACCUCGAAGGCCUCAAAUGGGGCCGCGCCAACGCCAAGCUGGGCGAAAUGGUCCGCCACUACGCGCACAAGAACCCUCACGCCAAGAUGAUUGAGAUCGGCGGUGGUACCGGUGGUGCCACGGCCCAUGUCCUCAACGCCAUCGGCACUGCCGAAGACGGACUGGGUCCCCGCGCUGCUAGCUACGACUUCACCGAUGUGUCGUCUGGCUUCUUCGAAGCGGCCAAGGAAAAGUUCCAACCGUGGAAGGACCUGAUGCGCUUCAAGAAGCUGAACAUCGAGCAGGACCCUUCGUCGCAGGGCUUUGAGGAGGGAACCUACGAUGUUGUGAUUGCUUGCCAGGUUCUGCACGCGACCAAGUCCAUGGAUAACACGAUGCAGAAUGUCCGCAAGCUGUUGAAGCCCGGCGGUAAGCUGUUCAUCAUGGAGACGACCCAGGACCAGAUGGAUGUUCAGUUCGUCUUCGGUUUCCUUUCGGGAUGGUGGUUGAGCGAGGAAGAGGAGCGCAAGUUCAGCCCGUCGCUUUCCGUGCCCAUGUGGGAUCGCGUGCUGCAUCGUACUGGGUUCCGCGGUGUCGAGGCGGAGAUCAGGGAUGUGGAGCAUGAUGAGCUUUAUGCCUUCAGCGUGAUGAGCUCGACGGCUGCUGCUAGUGCUCCCGUGUUUGACUUUGACAUUACUUUCGUCACGGCCAGCAACCAGAUCCCCGAGGUGUGGCUGGAUAAGCUGAGGGUGUCGAUUGGAUUGCUUACCUGCUCGGUGCCGACCGUCAAGAGUCUCGAAGAGGUCACGGUUGAUGGAAACGAUGUUUGCGUCUUCCUUGAUGAUCCCAAGAACCCCGUCCUGGCGGACCCGAGCAAGGCGCAGUUCAGUGGCAUUAGGGAUAUGUGCACUCGCGCCAAGGGUUUGCUUUGGUUGACGCAGGGCGGCGCGGAUGAGUGCGAUCAGCCUUUGGCCUCUCUCGCUGCUGGAUUCCUCCGCUCUUUGAGGCAGGAGUACUCCGGCAAGCGUCUGGGAACACUCGAUCUUGACCCUACCCAAGACAUCUGGUCCGAGUCUUCCAUCACCACCAUCACCGAGGUGUUCCGCAAGUUGUUCGACUACUCGACCAACAAAACCGGCAGCGACUACGAGUUCGCCGAGCGCGAAGGCACCGUCAAGAUCCCCCGCUACAUCAAGGACGUCACCCGCAACUCGGCCGUCUUCAAGCACCAGCAGGCCAUCGCGGCCCAGCCCGAAGCCGAGAUGGAGCCGUUCAUCCAGCCCGACCGUCCCCUGCGUCUGACCAUCGGCACCGCCGGCUUGCUUGACACGCUCAAGUUCGUCGACGACCCGACCGCGUCCGAUCCUCUCCCCGAGGACUUUGUCGAAGUCGAGCCGCGCGCCUUCGGCGUCAACUUCCGCGACGUCAUGGUCGCCAUGGGCCAGCUCAAGUCCAACACCAUGGGCUACGACUGCGCCGGCGUGAUCACUCGCGUCGGCCCCGCCGCUGCUGCCGAGGGCUACCAAGUCGGCGACCGCGUCUCCGUUUUGCUUAGGGGUCACUACGCCAGCCGGACCCGCAUUCACUGGACUAGUGCCGUUAAGAUCCCCGAUGAGAUGACGUUCGAGACGGCUGCCAGCUUGCCGACACAGUACGUCGCUGCUUACGUCUCUCUUUACGAUACUGCCCGUCUGCAAAAGGGCGAGUCGGUGUUGAUUCAUGCUGCCACUGGCGGUGUUGGUCAAGCAGCGGUGAUGAUGGCGCAGCGCGUCGGCGCCGAGGUGUUCGUCACCGUCGGCACGGAAGAGAAGCGCGAGUUCGUCAUGAAGCAUUACGGUAUUGCAGCCAAUCACAUCUUCUCCUCGCGCGACGUCUCGUUCGCUCCCGGGGUCAUGGCCAUGACCAAAGGCCGGGGCGUGGACGUGGUGCUCAACUCCCUCGCCGGCACGCUUCUGCAGGAAUCGUUCAACUGUCUUGCGCCCUUUGGUCGCUUCGUGGAGAUUGGCAAGCGCGAUCUGGAGCAGAACAGCAGUUUGGCAAUGGAGGCGUUCACGCGCGCGGUGUCGUAUACGAGCAUUGACGUGAUCACCCUGGGAGAGUACAAGAAGAUGGAGACGAAUCGGAUCAUGAAGGAUAUUAUCAGAUUAGUUGGGGCAGGCGAGUUGAGGGUCGUUGAGCCGAUUACGGUCUACCCCGUGGGAGAGAUUGAGAAGGCGUUUAGGUUGAUGCAGGCUGGUAAGCAUAUGGGCAAGAUUGUGUUGUCUGCGUCGGAGGAGACUUUGGUGCCGGUCCUUCCCCGUCUCACCUCCAACACCGUUUCUCUACGGUCCGACGCCUCCUACCUAGUCGUCGGCGGCUUCGGCGGUCUCGGCCGCUCCAUCUGCUCCUGGCUCGCCUCGCACGGAGCCAAGCAUCUUGUUGUUGUCUCCCGCAACGCCAAAGCCGACAAGCUCGCCCAGCUGCAGACCGAACUCAACCAUGUGUCCAAGGGCGUCAAAGUCACCGCCAUCAGCUGCGACAUCUCCAACAUGGCUGUCCUUACAAAGGCCCUCGACUGCGUCAAGCUAGGAGUGCCUCCCAUCCGCGGUAUCAUCCACGGCGGCAUGGAACUGCGCGAUUCGGUUUUGGAACACAUGAAGUUGGAAGAUCACAAGGCGGCUCUGGCUCCCAAGCUUAGCGGGUCUUGGAACUUGCACCAGUAUUUCUCUUCCCCCAAGGAGAAAGAGAGUCUAGACUUCUACAUCAUGCUCUCCUCCCUCGUCGGCGUCGUCGGGUUCGCUUCGCAGGCAAACUACUCGGCCGGCGGCGUGUUCCAAGACUCCCUCGCACAGCACCGUGUUUCCCAAGGGCUGCCGGGUGUCAGCUUGGAUCUGGCCGUCGUCAAAUCAGUCGGUUACCUGGCUGAUCAUCCUGAUUCGGAGAAGACGAUUGAGUCACUUAAGCGCCAUGGGUUUACUGCGCUGGCGGAGGAGGAGGUGUUGAGUGCUAUCGGGUCUGCUAUUCAGACGCCGUUCGCAGGCCAGCUUACGUUGGGGUUGAACUGCGGUCCUACUGGCCAACCCUCUGCCGAUGCUCCUCUCGCGCGCGACGCCCGCUUCUCCCAAAUCAAGCACCGCGCCGUGAAGGCCACCACCCAAACCACCUCUGCCACCGGCAACAGCACCGACCUAUCCAGCCUUCUGGCCAACUCUCAAUCCCUAGAAGAAGCAACAUCCCACACCCUCGAAGCCAUAACCAAAAAGCUACAAGACAUCUUCAUGAUCGCCGACGCCUCCGAAAUCAACCCCGAGUGUUCGCCAGCAGAAUUCGGCGUGGAUUCACUGGUGGCGGUGGAACUCAGGAAUAUGCUCAGCAUGAAGGCGGGGAGCGAGAUGAGUAUCUUUGAGAUUAUGCAGUGUGGGAGUUUGAGCGGGUUGGCGGGGGUUGUGGUGGGGAAGACAACUCCCAGCGAGCCGGUAGAGCCGGUGAGCUCUCUGAGCUCUCCCCAGUCGUUCGCCUAG